AUGAAGUCGAAUGGCCCUUUCUACUUUCGCCUCGGUGAGUCUCCGACCCUGCUGACGAACCGGCAUCUUUGCUGCGAAUGGAGUCGCAAGGAGAGCUCCUAUGCCCCGCUUGCCGUGGCUGUGACGCCCGUGCCCACUCCCGAGUCCAAAAUCGCUGUUCAAAGCUUCGGUCCGAGGAGCUUUCCGCAGCCUCCAACAUGCCCGGCGCCCACCACGGCUCCAGCGCCCCCAGGCCCCCCAGCGGUUGGCCCGGACGUGCAUGGGCAGCAGCAUGUGAGAUUGACUUCCCAGCACCUGGUACGCCGCCUAGCAGCUGGCCCGGACGUGGAUGCGCAGAAGCAUGUGAGAUUGACUUCCCAGCACCUGAUACGCCGCCUAGCAGCUGGCCCGGACGUGGAUGCGCAGAAGCAUGUGAGAUUGACUUCCCAGCUCAACGUGGUACGCCCCCCAGCGGUUGGCCCGGACGUGCAUGGGCAGCAGCAUGUGAGAUUGACUUCCCACCACCUGAUACGCCCCCCAGCGGUUGGACCGGACGUGCAUGGGCGGAAGCAUGUGAGAUUGACUUCCCAGCUCAACCUGGUACGCCCCCCAACAGUUGGUGCGGACUUGGGUGCGCAGAAGCAUGUGAGAUUAGCUUCCCAGCUCAACCUAGUACGCCAAGGCCAGCAUGGCGAGUUCCCACUCAAGGAGGUGGAGCUGCAAGGCACCACAAGGAUUGCGGCAGCUCAGCCGAGAAUGGAGGUCAACAGCCGCAUUGACCAGACCAGUCAGGCGCUGGCACAAGAGUUCUGGAGGUAG